UUGUCCGAACAUCAGCGUAACUUCCCGAGCUUCUCCGAAGUCGACACCAGUGGAAUCGAAGUACGUGUGAUUGUAAAACCUGCGAUUGCUGUAAAAAUGUGAAUUUUUCUUCAAUAAAUUCGAAGUACUGAGGCUCAGGCUGUUUUUCACCAUUUAUUUUGAUAAAAAAAAUGAGAAAUCGUGGAAAGGUGGAGAAGAGGCCCGGAAUGUAGCACAAAUGCCACCGAUUCAGGUUCCUAACCAGUCUGUCACUUGUCGAUAUUCAACGUGAGAUAUUAUUUUGCAAAAAUGGAGCCAAAGUUGAAGAGUGAACAUCUGUUGUCUUUGAAGGUGAUGAGGCUGACGAGACCCACGAUCGCCACUCCAGCUAUUGUGACGUGCGACUCAGCUGAUUUACCUGGUAAUACUUUGAACAAUGCCUUAAAAGAGGAUUGCACAGCUCUCCAGGGGAUGGAGGUCCUGGCAGUUGGACAAUUCAUGGUUUUACCUCAGAGUUUUGGAAAUAUUUAUCUAGGUGAAAUUUUUUCGAGCUACCUCUGUGUACAUAAUGGGAGUAAUCAGCUGGUGAAGAAUAUCAGUGUGAAGGCUGAUCUGCAGACGAGCACUCAGUCAAUUCGCCUGUCGAAUAAAAAUAUAAAUAUUGGGGAAUUGAUAGCGGACAGUACUAUUGACGAAGUCAUUCAUCAUGAGGUGAAAGAAAUUGGAACUCACAUCCUAGUGUGCGAAGUGAGUUAUACGCCGUCAGGUGCUGGCAGUAUUCCCCAAUCAUUCAGGAAAUUCUUCAAAUUUCAAGUAUUGAAGCCCCUCGAUGUUAAAACUAAACUCUACAAUGCAGAGUCCGACGAGGUUUACGUAGAAGCACAAAUAGAGAAUCUCACAGUUGGACCGAUUUGCCUAGAGAAAGUUGCACUGGAAUCUUCUUCAUCUUUAUUCGCAGUAACUACUUUGAACAGCAAUGAUCGGGGGGAGUCCAUAUAUGGGCGUGUUAACGUAUUAGAUCCAAAUUGCAGUAGACAAUAUUUGUACUGCUUGAAACCCCAACCCAGUCUUUUGAAGGACCCUAAGAUAAUGCACAAUGCCACGCAGAUUGGGAAAUUGGAUAUUGUGUGGAGGAGUAAUAUGGGAGAAAGGGGAAGACUGCAAACUAGUCAACUUCAGAGAAUGGCUCCUGAUUACGGAGAUCUCAGAGUUACCGCAAGAGAUAUACCGAUAGAAGUAUUCCUCGAGAGUAUAACGGAGUUCAAGUGCCACGUGAUAAAUACAUCGGAGAGGAGUAUGGAUUUAUUACUCAAUUUGGAGUCUAAUAGCUCAAUCGCCUGGUGCGGAAUAUCAGACAUAACUAUUGGAUCUUUGAAACCAGGAGCUUCCACUGAUAUUCCUCUGUGCCUCAUUCCAUUACAAACUGGUUUAAUUACAAUAUCUGGGCUUAAACUUGUUGACACUUUUCUAAAACGUGUGUACGAUUAUGAAGACCUGGCGCAAGUUUUUGUAUCGCAACUCAGUUGAAUGACACAUUAACAAAAUAAUU